AUGAAUUAUGCACGAGAAUGGCAUACAGCAUCCGUAUUAACAAAUGGAAAAGUAUUAGUUACUGGUGGAUUGGGCGAAGGUGGUAUUACUCGUCUAAAUAGUGCUGAGGUGUAUGAUCCGUCAACCGGCAGUUGGACAGUUAUUAGUGGGAUGAACUAUGCACGAAGUAUGCACACAGCAUCGGUAUUAACAAAUGACAAAGUACUAGUUGUUGGUGGAUUGAGUGACAGUGGUCGUCUGACUAGUGCUGAGUUGUAUGAUCCAUCAACUGGAAUUUGGACAAUUACUGGUCAUAUGAAGUAUGGACGACAGUGGCACACACAAUGCGUAUUAAGAAAUGGAAAAGUAUUAGCUAUCGGUGGAAUGGAUGACACUGGUCGUCUAAAGAGCACUGAGUUGUAUGAUCCAUCAACCGAAACUUGGACAACUACUGGUAGCCUGAAACAUCCACGAAAUAGACACACAGUAUCCGUAUUAAUGAACGGGACAAUGUUGAUCACUGGUGGACUGAGUGAUGAUGGUGGUCUCAAUACUGCUGAGUUGUAUGAUCCAUCAAUAGAAAUUUGGACAACUACCGGUAAAAUGAAUUAUGUGCGGAAUCUUCACACUGCAACCGUAUUACCAAAUGGAAAAGUCCUAGUUACUGGUGGGUUCGGUAAGGAUGGUCGUCUAAAUAGUAGUGAAUUGUAUGAUCCAUCAACUGAAACUUGGACAAUUACUAGUAACAUGAAUUAUUCUCGAGAUUACCACACAGCAUCCAUAUUAACAAAUGGAAAAGUGUUAAUUACUGGCGGAGAGGAUUUGUGGGGUCCUUUAGGUACUGCUGAGCUGUAUGAUCCAUCAACAGGCACUUGGGCAACUACUGGUAACAUGACUUAUGUUCGGCAAUGUCAUACAGCAUCUACAUUAAAAAAUGGAAAAGUUUUAAUUACUGGUGGAGAUAAUUAUGAGAUUUUGAACAGUGCAGAACUAUAUUAA